AGUAGCAGUAGUAGUAGUAGUAGUAGUAGUAGUAGUCUUUCUCUUGUUGUCAGGUUCAUUAUGGCGGUGAACAUACCAGGAGUGAUUGCUAUGGUGUUUUUCUAUCUGCUGGUGCUUGGGACGGGCAUCUGGGCUUCCUUCAAAUCCAAAAGGAAGCAGAGGAAAAAUGGUGCGUCUGAACUAGAGAUGACUCUUCUGGGGAACCGACAGAUCAACUUGGUGGUGGGAGUCUUCACAAUGACAGGUGGAUUCGUGUUUGCUAAACCAUUACGAGACAAAAAGUGUGUCACCAUGAUGGAUCCCUUUCAUAGGAAGUACGGGAAAGGGAUUACAUCUUUCUUCUGCCUGGUUUCAGUUUGUCUUGAUUUACUCUGUAUGGCCUCCACAUUCAUUGGCUUGGGUGCCACGGUCAGUGUGGUUCUGGACCUGUCCUACACUGUGAGCAUCUGGAUCUCUGCAGCUGUGGCCAUCAUCUACACUCUGAUGGGAGGACUCUACUCUGUGGCCUACACGGACAUCAUCCAACUCGUCAUUAUAUUCAUCAGCUUGUGGCUCUGUGUUCCGUUUAUUCUGAUGAACCCUCACACUGUCCACAUCGAUGAGACUCUGAUGAACAACACUCUGCACACACCCUGGAUUGGCAAACCACAUUUAGAAAGGAUCUGGAUUAUGUUGGACAACUUCUUACAAAUGUCCAUUGGAAGCAUGGCGUUCCAGUGUUUGCAUCAGAGAACCCUGUCUGCUUCCUCCACUGGUACAGCCAAGAUCACCUGCUGUGUAGCCGCCGUCCUCUUGUUAAUAUGUGGGAUUCCUCCUGUUUUGUUUGGAGCAGCGGCUGCUUCCACAGACUGGAACCAGACGUCGUACGGGUCUCCCUCUCCUUAUGAACGAGGAGAAGCCGCUCUGGUGCUGCCCAUCAUGCUGCAGACCCUCACUCCCUCUUACAUCUCCAUCAUUGCGAUUGGCUGUGUGGCCGCGGCUGUCAUGUCCUCAGCAGACUCCACGAUUAUGGCUGCGGCCUCAGUUUUCUCUGCAAACGUCUACAAGAACAUAGUGAGGCCCAUGGCAUCGGAGCGAGAAAUGCAGUGGGUGAUCCGUGCUUCGGUGGUUGUGAUAGGUGCAUGUGGGACGUCACUGACCAUGUUAAAAAACAGUGCCAUUUUGUUUUGGCUUCUUGCUGCUGACAUAGGUUAUAUUGUCGUAUUCCCCCAGUUCUUUUGCGUCCUCUUCUUCAACAUCUCAAAUAGUUAUGGCGCCAUCAUGGGGUUUCUGGUGGGGUUUCCUUUACGGCUGCUGUGUGGAGAACCUUCAGUCGGGUUACCUGCAGUACUACACUUCCCAGGAUGCACUCUGGAGGAUGGCGUUUACGUUCAGUACUCUCCUGUUAAAACCAUCUGCAUGUUGGUGACGCUCUCUUCAGUUUUGCUCUUUUCUUACCUGGCCUCUCUGCUCUUCAAUCGAGGCCUGCUUCCAGAGAGAUGGGAUGUGUUUCAAGUCAAAGCUACAUUAACACAAUCAAGAAGAAACCAUGAUGGUGAAAAAGAGGAUCUGAGUGUGCCAAAGGGAGAGUACAACAUGGACACUCUGCAGCCAAUGAUAAGAACGUGAUUAAA